AUGUUUCAUGCUUUAAAUACAAAAGGGCAGUUUGCUUCCAGGAAUUUAGCUGUUAAGAUUGAUAUGAAUAAAGCCUAUGACAGGGUUGAAUGGUCAUUCCUAGAAGCAACUCUGAAUGCUUUUGGGUUUAAUCCGCACUGGAUCAAGUUGAUUAUGAUGUGUGUCUCGCAGGUUUCUUAUAAAAUUAAGAUCAAUGGUGUUUUGUCGAGGAGGUUUAUGCCGCAGAGGGGACUAAGGCAGGGAGACCCCCUUUCUCCAUACCUGUUUAUCAUAGCAGCUAAAGUUUUUACUAUUCUCAUGGACAAGGCUAAAGAAGAGGGUAGAAUCUCUGGUGUCAAAAUUGCUCCCACUGCUCCAGCCAUUUCUUAUCUCCUCUUUGCAGAUGAUUGCAUUAUCUUAUCGAAGGCUAGUGAGGAGGAAGUUUAUCAGCUCGUUACUAUUUUAAAUAUGUAUACAGAAGCCUCAGGGCAGCGAAUAAAUGUUGACAAGUCUGGUAUUACGUUUGGCAACCAGGUUCUGAUCAGAAAUAGAGUAGAAAUAGAAGAGAUCUUAGGGUUGCCGGCUUGGGAUCAACCAGGCAAGUACCUGGGUCUUCCAGCCCAGUGGGGCAGAUCUAAGAAUAAAGCUCUGAGGUGGAUUGAGGGACGAGUGACUGUUAAGCUUUGCAGUUGGAGAGAAAAACUGCUUUCUCAGUCUGGGAGGGAGGUUCUCAUCAAAUCGAUUAUUCAAGCGAUAUCUGCCUAUGCUAUGAAUGUCGUCCUCUUUCCUAAAGGUUUUUGUCAUCGCCUUUGUCAAAAAGUGGCUAAAUUUUGGUGGGCCUCUACUGGUAAGGAUAGGGGUAUCCAUUGGAGAAGUUGGGAUAAAAUUUGUGCUAGCAAAAGGGAUGGAGGAAUUGGUUUUAAGGAUUUUUAUAGUCAAAAUUUAGCACACUUGGCAAAACAAUCAUGGAGAGUUUUCGAAUGCCCUAAUGCGGUAUGGGUUCAGGUGCUUAAGGCUGUCUAUUUCCCAAAUGAGGAUUUUAAAGUAACUAAGGCGGGAAGGGAAGCAUCUUGGAUCUGGAAAAGUAUUGUGCAUGGUAAGGAUUUCCUUUUGAGAAAUGGGAGAUGGUUGGUUGGGAAUGGAGAAAGAGUGCGAAUUUUAGAUGACAAUUGGAUAUUGAACAUGACGAACAGUCCUGUUGUUAUGAAUGAUGAUGUCACAUUUAUCAUUAGAACUCCGGUGAGUGUUAUUGGCAGAAAAGACAAGCUUAGUUGGCCUUUUAAACCAGAUGGCAAGUAUACUAUCAAAACGGGUUACCAUGCUGCCAGGAAAGAACAGUAUCUUGCUAAUAGCAAUAGCCCAUCAACCAGUGAUGACUUUAAGGAUUUAUGGAGAGACAUUUGGAAAUUAAAAGAACUAGAGUCCACUGAGCAUGCGCUUCUACUCUACCCUUGGACAAGGGCUGCGUGGUUCGGAGCUCAAAUCCAGUGCUGUCCUACGGCCUAUACUAUAUCAUCUUUUGGGAAAUGGGUAAUGGAUCUUUUUAAAAGUAUGAAGAUUGGCACAGGAACUGAUUAUGAGCUGUGUAGCAGCAGAGUUGAUGUUGUAGAAGAACCAGCUAUAAGUUUUAAUUAUGAUAGAAGGACAGAUAGAAGGGUUACCUGGAGACCGCCUCCGCCAGGAUGGAUUAAGUGUAAUGUGAAUGCAGCAUUUCGUGAAGUGUACUCUGGAGGAGCAACAUCGGUAGUAUUCAGAGACCAUGCUGGAAGCCUUCUCACAGCUUCAAAUCAUAGAAUUGCAGCUUCCUCACCUCUAGCUGCGGAAGCAUUUGCGGUUAGGGAAGCAUUAAUAAUGGCUAAAAACUUUCAACUGGAUAGAAUUAUUUUUGAAUCUGACAGUUUGAUACUCAUACAAGCUUUAAAAUCAAAAGCCUCAAUUGCAGAAAUUCAAGUUAUUUUGGAUGACAUUUUGGAAUUAGUGCGAAGUAUCACAAAUUGUGGGUUUACCUGGGUGCCGAGAGAAGGGAAUGGCUUAGCACAUGAAGUAGCCAGGCUUACUGCUGACGGUUCUCUUCAACAGAAUUGGCUCAGGUGCAAGCCACAAAUCAUCAUCAACAUUUUGGCAGAAGAGCACUAUAUGUCUCUGCAACUGGCAAACAGAUCAUGA